AAUUGCUCAGUUGAUUAGCAAUUUUCUGCCUCGACCAGCGUCAGUUGGAAUCCAGUUGGUGCGGGGCUCGACUGGCGCUAUCCUCUGCGCCCGACAGCUCAUAAUCGCUUGCCCUAAAAUUACGCGUGUUUAGUUUUUGUUUUUGUCUGAGCUGAGGUGGUCAAUUGCUGGACUUUACUAAACUUUGUAAUUAAUUCCUACUUUCAUCCUUGUUGUGAAAUGUUAAAUUACGGCGCAAAUUGAGGACAGUAUGGUGAUAACAAAUACAGGUAUGAAGGGGCCAUCCCGGCCAGCUCCUGCAGUGCCUCCGUUCACGGUGAACCGCUACUCUCCCGUCACCAACUGGAAUGAUGAUCCAUUUGGUGCCGACGUGUUUGAACCCAACCCUCAGUACCUGCAGAAGAAGAAGCCUCCUCCUAGGCCACCACCACCCAGAGUGAACAAGCAGCCUGAUGUACCGUCCAAGCCUUCCCAUUUCAUUAGGAAACCAACAGUGCUCACAUCACUUUUGUCUCGUAAAAACAAAAAUUCAGUGCCUAAUAAUAGUGUAACCAACAAUGUACCUAGCUUACUCUCAGACUUCAACAGUGAAGUGGACUCUCAUAGAAUGUUUCCUAAAUGUGAACCUAAGAAUGUGAACACUGGCGCGUUGAUAGACUUGUCGUCUCCGCCAAGCUCCCCGACUUUCACCACCCGCUCUAGCAGUGACGGGCUCAGUGUGGACAGCUUCGGCUCCGACGCCACCUCCUCCACCAACCAUCCCCAUGCCAUGAAUGGAGGCAGCACAUCGCAGGCAGAGAGUGGGUUUGAAGAUGACUUUGAUCUUUUCCUCCACUCCAGAAAGGCACCCAGCAAGGAGGACACAUUUGAUGACUUCACAACUGUAGAUCCAUUCUCACCAGUGAGCAACAGGCCUCCUAUAUCCAAGAAGCCAGUUUUGAAUAACUUGUACGAUUUUGCAAGUAAUGGAAAGCCGAGUAGUGCUGUGCAACUGAAGGGUCCGACGAUAAUUCGCGCGAAGCCAGCGCGGCCCAAGCCACCCGAUAACUCGGCCAUAUUGAAGAGCACCUUCGCAGGAAGCCGGCAGAUGACCUUGAUGAACAUCAACACCACCACGCCUAUACAGAAAGUCACCAGCAACUUUGGAGAGAGUUUCGAUGACGCAAAGCCGUUCACGUGGGACCGCCCUCACGAGCCGAGUCCCGAGCGGGACUACUCCCCGCCCAUGCCGUCCGUGCCGCCGCCGCCGCCGCCCGCCCUGGACGAUGACCUGCCCGCCGUAGACGACGGUGACCUGGCCUGGCCCGAGGACCUCGACACGCCGCUGACGUCAUCCACCUUCGCGCAGGAUGACGAGCCGUAUGCUGUGGCGCUGUUCGACUACGCGACGGGGCAUCCCGAUGAUUUGAGCUUCAAGGCGAAUCAAAGGAUCUCGUUGAUACGUCGAGAGAACGCGGAAUGGCUGUAUGGAAGCGUGGGGGGCGCUCGGGGGCUGUUUCCUUCCAACUACGUGGAGAUCAAGGUCCCGCUCCCCAACGACCCGCUGCCGGCCGCGCCGCGCCUCGGGACCGCCCUGGCGCUGUACGACCUCGAGUCCACCCAGCCCGGGGACCUCGCCUUCUCAGCGGGCGACUCCAUCACCGUCACACACAAGAUCAACGACGAGUGGUACUUCGGGGAGUGCGGAGGCGUCAAAGGCCAGUUCCCAGUGAACUACGUCCAGUUGAACGUCCAAUGAGAUCAGGCUGUGAUCAGCAAGACUGACCGUCUACCAUAUCACGUAUUGCCACUUUUUAUACGCGUUUUUGUAUUGAAUAUCGAUAUUUGCCGAGCGUUGAGCGUUAUCGUGCGUUGCCUUUCGAUUGUAUUGUUUUCAUAUCCGGUAUAUAAAAUAGUAAAUUAAUGAGUAUUUAUGUAAUUGCAAAAAAAACAUACGUUUAAAAAUAAAUUCCAAGUGUGCGUACCGCUGUUCUUGAGAAGUCUCGAAACAAAUAAACGUCAUAUAAAGCCAUUGUUUGAAUGUACAAUUAAUUUUGCGAAUUCGCACGUAGUUGCCAUAAUAGCAUUAGUGUUUAGUGUGAAGUGGGCUCGGCUAUUUACCGCCACUGUGCCACUUCCUUGGCAGAAGUGCUCUUUCCUUGCAUUCAAAAACAGUUACCAAAUCGCCUGUUUAAAAGUCCUAACUUUUUCUAUGAUAUUGGUAAUUUUAAAAUUGAUUCCAUAUAAAUGCUGGUCAUUUUACAAACACUUAAAGCUGAUGUAGGUGAAGGUAGUAGGUAAAUGCAACGUAAGCGAAAUACAAUUUUGAUGUUUAUACAUUUUUCUGAUUAAGCCUGUAGUUAUGAAUAAAAUUAAUGACUGAUGUAAAUAUUAUAUUAGGGCAUGUAGAAAUGGAUCAUUUAUGAAAACAUAAUAAUAUAUGUAGGUAUUUUAGGUAUAAGUAUUUGUAUGCUGUGUAUGAUAUUAUAAUAAUUGAAUGUAAAAUAUGUAAGCUUAGUAUAUUGUUCGUUUAAACGUAAAAUCACGACUUAGGAAUCUCACAGAACAUAAAAUGUAUAUAUUUACUAGGUAUUGUAUUU